CAUAUCAUCUCUUUGGUGUCAUAAAACCAAAACCACUCUCAAAUGCAAGUUGCAAAACAAAAAGAUCUCUCAACGAUUGAUACACGAAUUUUUAUGGAUUACACCUUCUAAUAAGCAAUUGAUUGUUUAAAUUCGGAAAAGUAUGACCUCCAGGGAAUGCCGUAUUUGCUUGCGAUAUGAGCAAAACUGUGUUUCACUGUUCGCCAAACGGCGGGGAACUUCAUUGGCAGAAAUGGUUCGGUUCUGUGCCCGUGUCGAGAUAUCUGAGAAUGAUGGACUUCCAAAAGAUGCUUGUGGCAGAUGUGUGGAUGAAGCAUUGAAUGCGUAUCUGUUCGUCAAUAAAUGUCGAAGGUCCGAUGCAGAGUUGCGGACAGCACAGGCCAGCCUGAAGGAUGACAACGAAGAUGCUGAAACCGAGAUCAAUGACCAACUAGCAUUUUGCGCAGUUGAUGUUGAACCACAGCAUGUUGAAUCAUUGGAAGUCGAACAAGAGGAAGAUACGGCAGACAGCAAUGUCCCGAUCCCAGAUGUAGAUAUAGACAUUCAACAAGUUACUUCGGUUUCCGAAGUGAUGGACACGGCCAGCAAUUCUGACGAAGAAUCGAUUCAAUAUGCUACAUCUGAUAGUGAGAGUGUUGAAUUCGAUCAUCAACAGCAAGAAGUUAAGACGUCUGAUAAAGCAAUUCAAGAAGAUGUUUCAUUGGGCCACAUGAAGCAAGAAUCGCUUGUUGAGAACCUUGUAGAACAAGAGGAGGACAAUGCUGACCAGGAAUUCUUGAUUGAAUAUCUCGAUGACAAUUUUAAAGACGAUUUCACAGAUGCAAUACAAGAAGCCAAUUGUCUGCAGUAUGAUGUUGAAGUUUUAGAAUACUCGCAAACAACACAUGGAGCACCACUUCUCAUAUGUUGUGGAGUUCGAUGUAAGGACGUGUUUGGCAGUAUACAGGAACUAAAGGAACAUUCUAAUGUUGUUCACUUGCCUCACAGAGAAUUAGAUAGCCAAGACAAACCAUUCGAAUGUAGUCGUUGCUAUACGCGUUUCAACUCCGAGAAGAGUCUUACAAUGCAUUCAAGAAGAUCGCAAUUCUGUACUCUUUGUUCAGAGACAUUCGUAUCGCUAAACGAAAAACGAUUACACAUGCAAAAUGUUCACGGACUAUCGGGACCAGUUUCUGUAAAACAAACAACACGAAGAAUUUGCUGUGGAUGCCAUGAACAGUUUGAAAAUGAGGAAGAUCUGCGAAACCAUGGCGAAAAAGUUCAUUCGAUCAGGAAAAAUGCAGUAGAUGAAACAAGACCGUUUCAGUGCAACAUCUGUUACAAACUAUUCCGGACGUUCGAAAGCCUUCGAAUCCAUCAGCGGUUUGUCUAUCGCCCGAAAAAUUUUGUUUGCGUUAUAUGCGGUCGGGCCUUUGAUACGCGUUCUAAACUCCAAACCCAUUUGUUGGUACACUCGGACAAGCGCAACUUCCAAUGUGACAAGUGCUCCAAGUCGUUCAAGAAGGAAAUUGAUCUCAAAAGCCACGUGUUGUUGCAUGAUGAGAAGCGGGAAGAGUGCAACUAUUGUGGUCUCAAAUUUCACCGGAAAUCCAAUCUGAAGAUGCAUAUGCGGAAGCACCAGGACACCUUUUUCUACGCAUGCCCCGAGUGUCCGAAAAAGUUCAAAAAUAAUUCGCACCUCAAGGAGCACUUCAAGGUGCACUCCAAGCAGAAGCCUUACCCCUGCAGUUUUUGUGAGCGAAGUUUUGCCUACUGUAGCGACCGGAAGCGCCACGAGAUGAGCCACACCGGCAACUACCCAUUCGAGUGUGCUUGCUCGAAAAAGUUUUCCCGGAAGACGACCUACGAGAAACACGCGCUAUACUGUCAGGAUAGAUCGGAGAAUGAAUAUCGGGACUGAAGAGUCUUGUACUUUAUAAUUUGUAAUAAAAAAAUGAAAUGAC